AUGAAGAAGACACCGUCAGGAGAGGUUGUUAUUGUUCCUCGUAACUUCAAGUUGCUCGAGGAGCUUGAGAAGAGUGAGAAAGGCCAUGGCGAUAUGGCAAUCUCAUUUGGUUUGGUGGAUACUGGCGACACUUUCUUGACAGAGUGGAACGGCGGUAUUCUGGGUCCUCCUGGGACCUACCAUGACAGUCGCUUCUACCAACUGCGAAUUCACUGUCCCGAGAAAUACCCGGCCGUCCCGCCAGAAGUUCGUUUCAUUUCCAAAAUCAACAUGACGGCUGUGGACUCCAAGACGGGCGUCGUCAAUGAAAAGAAGAUUCCUGCCAUGCGCAACUGGAGUCGCAACAUGGGGAUUGAACAGGUGCUGCAAUCUAUCCGUGCCGAGAUGUGCUCGGAUCAGAAUCGACGACUUCGGCAACCGGCCGAAGGUUCCACCUUUUGA